AUGUAUACUGGUAACCAGGGCGCACGCGGUGCACACAAAACACACAACACACAAGGUACACAGAGUACACGUCCAGCAGGUCUACCACCACCUACAUACGGCAUACCACAGCGUGCACCUAAUGGCUGGGCAGCGCCUGUAUCCAAGAACCUUUACGCCCGCCCGCCACAACCAUUGGCAUCACGUGUAGCAGUCCACCAGGUAUCGCCACCCCCACUAGCAAGUGUUUCCUUGCCCCCAGUCACGCCGCUCCCGCGAGAAGAUACGCCGUCAUCCUCAGACACGACGACGGCGACGACUUCCAGCGAGGCGAACAAACACCUCAACGAGCUCAUUUCAGGCGUGACUGCUGAUUACGACGAUGUUGAUCUCCCAUCCACCGCAACUAUCCCUGGAAUGCCCGACAUCACCCUUCUCCAGCACCAGAUAGCCGGUGUAGCUUGGAUGCGCGACCGCGAGAGUGGCGUAUCUAAUAAGCAUGGCGGUAUUCUAGCUGAUGAUAUGGGACUUGGGAAAACUGUCCAGACUCUCGCACUCAUCCUCUCCAAUAGCUCUGAUAAGCAAGUUGUACGUGAGUGGUCCAAAACUACCCUCAUCGUAGCACCUCUAGCUGUGGUGGCGCAGUGGGAGACGGAGGCCAAAAGUAAGUGCGACGGCGUGCGCGUACUCACACACCACGGCGCAGCACGCACGCGCGACGCUGCUGCCUUUGCCAAUUACGAUGUCGUCGUAACGAGCUACCAGACGGUGUCAUCUGAGCACCGCGUGUACGAGAGUGAGGAGCCAGGUGGCAGCAAAAGUAAGAGCAGUAGCGGUACCAAAAGCAAAACGGGUAAAACUGGCAAGCAGAAGAAGCCUCUUUGCGCCCUUUUUGAGGGCAAUUUCCAACGCGUUGUGCUCGACGAAGCACAGAACAUCAAGAACCGGACGAGUAAGACGAGCAUAGCAUGUGCGGGGCUAUCUGCAUGCUACAGAUGGUGUCUGACGGGUACGCCCAUCCAGAACAACGUCGACGAGCUCUAUGCGUUGCUACGUUUCCUGCGCAUAGAGCCUUUUCGUCAUUAUGACGAGUUCAAGACGCGCAUUAGCACGCCUAUGAAAAGUGGCCGUGUCAAAGUGGCGAUAGCGCGUUUACAGCUGAUUCUCAAAUUGGUUAUGCUGCGACGUACAAAGAACACCUUGAAUGAGGACGGAUCGGCGCUUAUCACACUACCCCCGAAGCAUGUUACGGAUGUUGCGUGCUUGUUCGAUGAGGAGGAGCGCAGAUUCUACGAUAACGUUCACGAUCGCGCUCAGCAAACUAUCAGCAAGUUCGUGACAGAGGGCGCUAUUAAUAGCAGGUACACUAGCGUCUUAACUCUGUUGCUCCGUUUGAGACAGGCUUGCUGUCAUCCACAUCUCGUCACGCGCGCUUACAGCAAGGAUGACUUUGUCGCUAACGAACCGGCUAUGCGGUCACAACAGCCAGGUAAAGUGGAGGAAGAGGAGGAUGAGAAAGAGGCGGAUGAGCUCGCGGAUCUUUUCACUGGGUUAGGUGUAGGUGAGAAGAAGCAUGUCGAUGAGGAUCUACAGAUCGACAAGGGAAAAGCGAAGGUAGUAGGGAGUAGUGGAGUUGAUAAGUCGGGUGAUGCGACGGGGUUGGUGGAGAGUGCAAAGAUUAGAGCUAUUAUGCGUAUUUUGGAAGAGGUGCAUAGCGCUACUGAUGUUGCUGCAGCUUCUACUAGCACUGCUAUUAAACCAAACACCAAAGGGCGAUCACAACAGAAGACACAGACACAGACAGAUUCGUACACUCCACACACCCCUCAAACGCGCCUCGAUCCGGCUGGCCUCCCGUCUAAAGCUAUAGAUAUCAGUAGCAGCGAAAAUGACGAUCUUGACACAAUUAUCAAGCGUACAGCGUCGAUGGACAUAAAAAAGGCGGAUGACGAUGACAGAAAGCGCGUUGAGAAGAACGAGAAAAGCGAGAAGAGUAAAAGCAAGAAAUCAAUCCUGAAGAAAAAGAGUCAGCAGAUUGUGCUCAGUGAAAGUGAUGACGAUCGGGAGCAGGAAAGGAAGGAAGCGAAAUUGAGAAAGGACACUGAAAAGAAGGACAACAAGAGCGGUCAUAAGGAUCAAAAGAAUCACAAGAAUCACAAGGACAAAAAUAGCAGCCACAAAAUCACGAAUACCCCAGAGAAAACCAUCAUAUUCUCACAAUUCGUCACAUUCCUCGAUAUCAUUGAAAGCUUCGUCAAAGCAGCUGGCUACAAGUACGUAAGAUACGAUGGAUCUAUGAAUCCAAUCGAACGCGAGGCUGUGCUUAAUCAGAUAAAGUCGGAUGAUAAGACAACAGUCAUACUGAUAUCCUUCAAAGCCGGAUCGACAGGGCUUAAUCUGAAUAUAUGUUCGCGCGUCAUUUUGUCUGACAUGUGGUGGAAUCCUGCGCUCGAAGACCAAGCUUUCGACAGAGCCCACCGUCUCGGACAGAAACGCGAAGUGCAUAUAUACAAAUUAACGGUGGUGCAGACUGUAGAAGAUCGUAUACUCGAGCUUCAAAAGAAAAAGCGCGAACUGGCCGAGGCAGCACUCAGCGGCAAGGCGGUGUCUAACAAGCUUGGAUUGAAUGAGAUGCUCGAUCUGUUCAAGCGUGAUGACCAGCAUGAUGAAGAGGAGUGA